AUGCGCAAGAAGCAGUUAAAUAUUUUCGAAGACUUGACUAUAUUUGAACAACGAAUCUUAUGUCAUACAUUGCCAAAAACAUUCGAUGGCAUUCCAAUAGCUACAUAUCAAAAUUUAUUUGAAAAUGAAGCUAAUAAAAUUAUGCAAGAAUUGAAACGUCGAAAACUUAAUGAUCAGCUGAACAAUUAUGAAUUGGGGCUUCAACAUUAUGAAGAUUUGUAUCAAACAAAACUCAAAAUAUUUGAAUCUAAACUCAUAGACAUAAGCUUAAAUCAUCAAUAUACACAGGCAGAUAUUUUGAUGACUCUAUUGAAAUGCUAUUUGAGCCAUUACACAAAUCGAUUAUACGCCAAAUUCGUUACAAAGAACCUAAAAACAGGAAACUAUAUUCUUCGUGAGACAGAUAAAAGUGGAAUUUUUCAUGUCGGUCAUUCACAUUCAGCUGAUUAUGAAAAGAAAGCAGAAGCUUAUCGACAAAAAACUGGUGCUUAUAUUGAAUUGGAUUCUAAUCCGUCAUAG